GCUUCACUUUCUUUUUACCACAGAGGUGCAAGGCUACUUCUCCCGCUUAAACAUAUGCCACUAUGGAGCUUGUGAAAGAUAUGGUUAAGAAAGCUAUACCAUCACUCAGCAAUGAUCUGAUGGAUUCACUUAUGGCUAGACUUGAGUUGGUUGGAGUAAACUGUGUAGAUGACCUUAGCUUUGUCACGAUCGAGGACGUUGAUGGAAUUCUGCCACCGAUUCAGUGUAGAAGACUAAUUCAAGCUUUCAAUUCAGGGUCACAAGCUGUGCUUGGCUCCAAUUCUACAAAUCCUCGUCAGGAUUUCCAUGUGCCCCCAACACCAUCUCUGAAACAAAGUUCUAUGGAGUGUUCCACAACCCAUGAGGUAUAUGUUGUACCAUGGCACAAAAUGCCUUCAAACUUCAUGCUUGUCCUAAGUGAAAAGAAAAGGCCAAAGCCUAGUGAGAGAAGAGAGCUAGUUCGCAUCGUCAUGGAUGAUGUACUCAGUAAAGUAAAUGGAAGGCCUGGAAGAGCAAAGCUGCGGGAUAUUGCAAAGCAGAUUGUAGACAAAUAUCCCUGCUCUUUCCAAGACAGAGAGCUCAAUGGAACAAAAGUAAUUGGCACGGGAUUUGAUGCUCUCUUUAUACAGCUUGAAAAUAGAGUUGAAAAUGUUCGGAGACCCUUAACCAUCAGCUCAAAGAGGCCAGCAGAGGAUGGAGAUGCGGUGAGGAGAAAAUCUACACAUUCAGAUCGUUAUGGAUGUGUGGAGUGGCAGCCUGCUAUUGAAGCUACAGAUGAACUCAAAUCUAAACAAGAUGAUUUGAAAAGUGCCUUCAUAUCCCAUGAUCUUCAGGAGUCCUGCAUUAGAAAAAUGAUGGGUGAAACGUAUUGCAUCCAGCGUGCAACCAUCAACAAAGGAAGCACUGUAAAAACUUUAAUGGAAGAGUGGCCUUUCCUUUUUGAAGCCGUUCACCUGUUUGAUCACACAUGUACACUUGUUGGCUUUCCGGUGCAAACAAAGCUGCCUGAAGAAUUAGCAAAAAAAGGAAAUACCAUCAAAGACUUCCUUAACUCAAAAGGGAUGAAGAUUGAACUUUCUGAUGAUCCAGUACAGCUGAUCUCUGGUAUUGCCAAUUUUUUUAAGGAAACACCUGAUCACCUUUACUGCCAAAACGAGGACGGAAUUGCUGCUGGACGAAGCAUCCCAAGCACCCCCUGUAUUAUCAUUGGUGAUGGUCGAUUCAAGAUUGCUGUGGAUCAGGAAAUCGUUAAUGAUCACAUCACCUCCCCUGUUGUGGCCCUGAGUUACGCUUUCUCUUUGUUUUAUGUUUUGAACAUCAAAUACCCAAAAGAGAUGUCACUCUCCCUGGAAUUCAUCCAAAGAGUUUUCCUGGGAAUAAAUCCUGAACGAGGGUCAAAGGCUGAGAUGAAGGGCACAAAAAAGCAACACAUUCCUCCAAGACUGUUGAAAUUCCUGUGUGGCUUGAACAACUUUGAAAAUCGAUGGAACAUUUGAGUUUUCUUUUUUCAAAGCUCACAAUGAAAUUUGGACUGAACAGUAGUUUUGCUCAAA